ACUUAGGCUGCUGUACUUGUCUUCCAGAGUGACGAUACUCAUCCUUUCGCUUCAUAUAGGGACGCCAAUUGGUACUAUUGUUGUAAAUGUGUCAACUUCCGUAGGCUACUUUAUACUUCUGCUUAAUAUUAACAAAUAUUAUACCUGGGCAGGGAACGCGCACGCUGUGACAGCAGUCCAGCACACAAGGUGCUCAUUAUCGGAGUGUGGCCACCUGAGCUUUGUUUCUUUAUGUGCAGGUGCAACUUUACAACUAUUGAAAUGAGCUCCAUUCUAACCAAACUACUUCAACUGGAGUGCCGCUUCACCUGGGAUUUGAGGCAAGAUGACAUUGAUAAUAUUGAUAAUCUACAGACCAGGCUCAAGGACCAGAUUGAGUUAGGUCUCGGGAAAGAGGCAGGGGUUGCACGGACAUUCAGCAAUCUGGCCUACAUCAAAUACCUGAAGGGUUACCCAGAAGAGGCAAUGGCUAACUUGUUAAAGGCUGAGGAGCUCACGAGAGAGUACCAUGGAGAGGACUGUGAGAAACAUCUCAUUGUCACCUAUGGAGACCUUUCCUGGUUACAUUACCAUGUGGGUGAUUACAUCAAGUGCCAGAGUUACUUAGAGAAACUGGAGGAGAUGAAAGAGAAGUUUCCAACUAGUUCCACAUCUGUCCUCCAUCCUGAGGUCUAUGGCGAGAAGGGUUGGACCUUCCUCAAGUUCUCCUAUAAAUACUAUGACAAAGCAAUAGAAUGCUUCAAGAAAGCUCUGGAACUGGAGAUUGAGGGGAGUGAGUGGAAUGCAGGUUACGCUAUUGCAUUGUAUCGUACAGAAAAAGAGCUCUCGAGUGUUAAUGACUCACCAGCUAUUAAACAACUGAGACGUGCCAUAGAGAUUAACCCACAUGACGCAGUCCUCAUGGUCCUACUGGGCCUGAAACUGGCUGUCUAUAAAAUAUUUGGGGAGGCAGAGGAGUUGGUGGAGAAAGCUCUGGAUAUGUCCCCAGACUGUCCGCACGUGACACGUUAUGUAGGGAAGUUUCUCCGACAGCAGGGGCACGUUGACAAGUCCAUUGCUCUGUUGAACAGAGCACUAAAGCGUACAAGCCAGUCUGCCAUAAUACACCAUCAAUUGGCUCUCUGCUACAAGAGGAAAAAGAUCUCAGUAUGCAAGAGUGGAAGCUUCCAUGGUAAGGGUGCUGAGAUCCAGCAGCUACUCCGUAAGUGCAUUCAACAUCUGGAGAUGGCUACUUCACUGAAGUCUUCCUUCAUCUAUGCCAUGGCUGAGCUGGCACUGCUCUACGGAGAGGAUAAAGACAACACCAAGGCAGAGGAACUGUUCAAGAAAACCUUUGAGAAAGCCCUAGCUAAGAAUGACAAUCUGCAGGUGGUCAACUUGAACUAUGGCCAGUUCCAGCAGUAUCACAACAAAUGUGAACCUCUGGCCAUCAAGCACUACACAGAAGGUUUGGAACUACAGAAAGACACUGCUGAAGGGAAGAGUUGUGCCCAGAAACUGAAGAGGAUCGCAGAGAGGCGCAUCGCCCAAGACCCCAUGGAUGGAGAGGCCUGUGGUAUUCUGGGGUUUGUCUAUAGAAUGCAGGGGGAGAAAGAACAGGCCGUACAUUGGUAUGAUAAGGCUGUGGUGCAUGAUUGCAAUGACAAAUACCUCUCUGCGCUCUGUGAACUUCGCUUGUCUCUUCAGCAAUAAUACACCAGAGUCAAACAUGAAUCUGCACUCAGUAAUCUAGUAAUAAAGCCUGAAAGUGUGCAUGCAUCCACUUAAUCUUUGUUAGACUUAGUUUAAAUUCUCCCUGAUUCAAGAUUGAUAUGAUUUAGCAUAGUAACAAAAAAAAUGAAAUUGCUUUAUGUUUGUGUGUGGAAAUGUGGUUUGGGUCAUUUGAAGAGAUAGUUAUGAAAUUGAAAUAUAUUAUUGUAUUCUACAUGUGCUUUUAGGUUUACAGGCAUUUACUGCACUUUUUUUAUAGUUUAUUUUUGCAUUUUCCGAUUAAGAACAUUCAAAACAAAAAUGAGAAGAUAUUGGACAACAAUAUAACAAAGUGACAAUAACCUUUCAAGACGACAGACAAGAAUGUGAGUGAAAUAAUAAAUAAAAAAUUAAAGAAUGAGACAUUGGCCGUAAGCUACGUAUUGUACAUUAAGUGUGAAACAUUACGUGAGGAUUAUAUAGAGAUGCAAUCAAUGUGAUGUGAGGGGAGAUUCUCCAUAUAAUCAA